UGCGCUUGGCCAAUCAGGCGCGGCGCUAAUCGAUAAUCGCCUGGUGGGUAAAGACUAGUGCCCCACAACUGCUCACUCAAAGGCUCUUCACGUCGACUUUCAUUAGAAUUGUUGAUCGUCAGGGGAUAUGGUGGGUCCAGAGAGCACGGCUACCCCCUGGGUGGGGAUGGGUUCACCGGGGACGUGGGAUAGUUGGACGGGGAAUCUCGCCUCCACAUCCGGCGACUAUCUCACCGAUAACACGGUGGACUCGACCACAACGUCAUCUCUCACUACUACAUAUAUUCAGGACAUUACUUCGGAUCGUACGCAGACUUUGUGGUCGACUGUGACUCAGAGGCAAUCGACCAUUGCGUCUACCACUCAUGAGGAGUUUUUCACCGGCUCGACAGCGAUAUCGACGGUGUAUGCGACGACAGACAACACGCUUAUAUCUAGCGUAACGUCUGCAACAUCAUCAAACCCUUAUGACUCUGGGACUACCAUCGAUGAGUUCCAGUCGACAAUGAUGGAUUCAACAUCAUUUGUUGGAACUACUUGGCUGAACAAUUCUGCCUCUAUGGUUGAUAUCGUCACGAGUGAGACUCCAAUAGAAGACACUCUUGCAAGGGAUAUUAUUGUCGGUGUCUUACUCUCAUCACUCGGACUUCUGACUGUCUUUGGAAACACCUUAGUUAUUCUCGCCAUUUAUCGCGAGAGGUGCUUACGUACUGUCACCAAUUUCUUCAUAGCCUCACUUGCAUCAGCUGACUUUAUCAUUGGAACAACGGUCAUACCCUUCGCUAUCUAUAACGAGCUGCGUUUUGGUCAGUGGGUUUUUGGUAAACCCUGGUGCGACAUGUGGCAUGCCAUUGACAUAUUAGCAUGUACUGCAUCCAUAACUAAUUUGUGUGUCAUUGCAGUGGACCGAUACUGGGCAAUCACUCGUCCAAUGAGCUAUCCAUCCAAAAUGACCAAGAAACUGGGAACUCUCUUGGUCGCUUUCGUCUGGAUUUGUUCGUCGUUAAUCUCAUUUCCUUGCAUCGCUUGGUGGCACGCUGUCGAACCGGCUGACAGACCAGAUACAGACUGCGUCUUUCCUGAAGAUGCAACAUAUCUCAUCAUUUCAUCUUGUAUUUCAUUCUAUAUCCCAUCCGCUAUGAUGAUAUUCAUGUAUGCACAGGUUUACCGAACAGCCGUCGAGCAAGUGAAAGUUAUCAAAAGUGGGCAGCGGAAAGUUCACGCCGGUCCGCAACAAGGUGCAAUGUCUAUGCGAGUACAUCGAGGUGGAACUAUGAAUAACAACCAUGCAGCUGGCUAUACCAACGGGUAUAACGCUCGAAACGUCGGCGUAACUGGCGGAGCACACGGUGGAGCUAAGAAUGCUGUGAGCAAUGCAAGAAGGUCGCUCCUGGCUGGAAUGAACCGAGAACACAAAGCUGCUCGAACUCUUGGUAUCGUCAUGGGGGUCUUCAUCAUGUGUUGGUUACCUUUCUUUAUUUGCAACGUCAUGGCGCCUGUGUGUCCACAGUGCAUUGUCAAUCCACAUAUAACUUUUCCUGUGGUGACGUGGUUAGGCUACGCGAACAGCGCCCUGAAUCCGGCAAUCUAUGCCUUUACCAGUCGUAAAUUCAAACGUGCCUUCAUCAAGAUAAUCUGCGACUGUCUACCGCGUCGAUACCAACCAGACAAGUGGGAGAGGAGGCGGCGACCACGCCGUACAAUGUCUAUGAGUAACAUGGAACAAGACUCAUCUUAUACCAUGGUGGAGUAUGGAGAUUCGCUGGUUCGCUCACCAGACCGUAUAAAGAUUGAUUCGUCAACAGCCAUUCUCAGCGGAGGCAGGCCUCAUUUGUAUUCUCUUAGACAAACUUACUUCUAGAAACAAAGCAAACUUAUGGCUUGAAUAUUUAUGUGUUGAUGGUGACUUGUACAAAGUGUCAUUUUGUUCUCAAAAGGGAGAGUGUUGACCCUGAAUUAAUGAUCUGUGUAUGAUUGUGGUAAAGAACAAUUUGCUUCUUAUAAAUAUAGGCACAAUUUUUAAAAUUAUUUUAGGACAUGAAAUUCAGGGUAUACAAUUCUAAAAUUCUAGGGCGACGCCAUAUUGAAACUCAACAUUCAAAUUGAAUAGGAAUGCACGCAAAAAGGCUCACUUAAGAAAUACUAAGUCAACAGCAAAAUCUACUGUGCAUUGUUAGUAAACAAACAAAAUAUACAUUUGUUAAUACCAUUAAGCCUAAUUACUCGAAAGGGUAACGUCUUGUGUAAGGUUUAGUUGUGCACACUUAACUCUAAAAGAAAUGACAACUCAGAACGAGGCCGGUAGGGGAUCAAAUGGAUACAGUGACAAUACAAGUGAUAAUUAUGUGAUCUCUUUUUUGGACGUCGGGGAGCACGACGAAAAGUUGCCUUUUUAUAUUACUUAAGUCAAGUUGAUGAUGUCUGUAUUUUGAAAAUGAUAUUCGUUAUCUCAGUACGGCGGCACAUGCGAAGGAACCGUUUCAUACGGUAGGCCUAUUUCCCGAGAAAACGUACGCGAGUGUAAACCAUGAGAAGUCCACUUUAUAAUGCUAACUACGUAAUGUCGUAAGUGUUGACGUUAGAAUAGAAAAGUGUUCCGUUGUUGCUAAUUGUUGAUUCUGUUCAUUUAUAGGAAGGUUUGAAUGCGAUGGCAACCUAAAUCGUACAAUUUGAACUCACGCAAGUUUGUUGUUCAAGUUGACAAGAUGGGUGAAAUUAAGAUGGAUAACAAAUUAUUAGAUAAGUAAAUUUACAUAGGUAAAACAUUUAAAUAUUAGGCUAAUAGACGUGUCAUAAUGACGUCACGCUUUGUUUACCCUUGCUCUUUCCUAUGGGAGCUUGGUGGCUCUCACCCCAACAGGAAUCCCACAGCAAAGCGCACUUGUAAACAAAGUAUGACGUCAUCGUGUUUCAGGAAUUCAGGUCUAUUAUUAAACCGAACUGUCUGGCUGGUGUAUCUGCCCACGUCAACCGCCAACCUCGGGCAAAAUUGGUAGUAAAUGGAGCGAAACGAAUUCCAUUUAUCACUUUAAUUACCGAAUUCCGUUUACAUCGCAAUGAACGCAGUCAGAAACAUAAAAUCGAUGAGAAUUUUAGCUCAGCUGAUGAGAUGCCAUCUGCAGUGAUUACGGAUAUGCUUCGAGAUCGUGGCGUCGUUUAAUGAUAAAUAUAAUUAACGAUCAAGGACUGGAAAUACAUGAUGGCUGCUGGCCAAAAUCGAGAUAAAAAAUUAUAAUAAUUAUAUAGGAAUUAAGUCCACUUGUUUUUUGAACGAAUAUUUUUUUCUUCAAUGUGCAUUUCAAUUUAUUUCACAAGGAAUUUAAGUUAUUCUGAUAAUUUACCUGAGCGAAAGUUUUGUUUGAAGACAGAAAGUAUUUUCUUAAUUUAGUUCGAUUAAAUGUUGUUUACUAAACAUAAAUCUUGCAUUAAUGGCAAUGCUUUCUCUAUACCAGCAACUUUUCUGAUGUACAAUGGCACACAAUUCCUGCAGGCAGAAUGUAUUUAUUUUGAUAUUUUUCAGCAUUUUUGGUAAAAAAAAAUGAGAUCUAUUUCGUUUUUGUACAUUUUAUUUAAAAUAAAGUAAAUUAAAUGUGUUUAAGUUCAUGAUAAUGCAACAUUUAUGUAUUUUAUUGUUUUGAUAUUGUGGUAAAAGAUAACUAAGUGACGUAACGACUGUUUUACCUAUCACAAUUGUGGAAGGCCAAUGGUACGUAAGUUCAUGUUCGCUGUUUCUGCUUAAAUGCAAACUGCAAAAUAUCUGUCCUUGAAAAUCCAUUAUAUUAACAGAAUUCGUACCGAAUUCUAAGGCUUCAUUUACUGUCUUCAAUCACUGCCAGUGAAAAUCAAUGCUAACAAAAUCAAAGCAAAAAAAAAAUCAAUAAAUAACUAAAAUUAAAAUACUAGGAAUCUUUUCAACUCUAAGUUUUGAUCUUAAUCACUCAAAGUUUACCAAAACCUUUAAUAUCGAGUUCAUCUCAAUGUUUCGAUCCAAUACUGAUUGCCACGUUUGUAUACAUGACAAUCUCGCAUAGCUUAUUCAGUAGUGCUCUUUUUUAUGUGUUAACGUCAAUGUAAUAAAUGCAGACAUGUUAGAAGAUUUUAA